AAUUGUUUUCUUUUAGGUCUCCAACAUGUGUUUCUGCUGCAUGGAAAAGACUUACACCUGGAUGUAGAGAAAUUGGUUAAACUUGACAAAAAGACUGAUUUGCUCUGGAAAUUUAAUUACAGUAACAAUAUAGCUAAACAUGUUUUUAAUAAUGAUCCAGUCGUGUUUGACAAUUAUGAAGGAAGGGCUGAGUUGUUUGGACAAAAUGACUCUUUGCUAGUGAAGAAUGUACAACACAAUGACAGUGGAGAUUAUACUGCAGUAACAAUCAGCGGAAAAGAGCAAAAGGUAGCUGAAUAUAAGGUCAUAGUUCAAGAUUCAGUGACUCCUGCUGACCUGGCAGUGGACCCUGUGUCCAACAGCUCAGACUCCUGUGACCUGACUGUGACCUGCAGCACAGUGGACUUUAACAUCAGCAGUAGUUUCAGAUGUGAUGGUAAAAACUGCUCUCAUGCAGGAGCAAAGAAUUUGAAGGCCACAAAAUUUUUUUCCUCUUUAAUUGUUUACCUGCAGCAAGAUACCAUUUUCUGUAAUCACAGCAACCAAGUGAGCUGGAAUGAGACUAAGAAGGUGCUCAAAUCUUACUGUGAAACAGAUACAGCUCCCAGUGGAGCCAUCAUAAAUGCAGCUUCGACUUCUGUUCUCUUCUUGCUGACUCUCUUCAUAACCUUUGUGGCAUCAUGAAAU